AUGCCCACUCUCUUAGGGUUUUCAAAUUCUCUCUGCGUUUUCCUUUCAGCUUCUGUGGCUCAACAAGAUGCUCAAAACGGUGCUUCCGAAACUGCCGUCGCCGUUGUCCCGUGGUUCCAUGACAUUGGCCGUGAGCAAGCUGCAAAUAAGCCUCUUUUGAAAACCGUCUUUCAGACGCCACUUGAAAAUUUAGAACCUGUUUUGCGAGAAGAUACUCAGAAGUUCUGGUUUUUGCGGCUAUUGGCAUAUGGUUUAGGUGGUAAUAGCAGUGUGUAUGUGUAUGUUUCAGUUCUGGAUGACACAUUAGAGGGAGAGGUAGCAUCUGUGGAUAUAUCUACUAAAGAUAAUCUGAAUAAUCUGGUGAAAGCUGGUGAGAAUUUAUUGAAGAAAAAAUUUACCAGAGUGAAUCUAGAUUCAGGCGUAUAUGAAACAGUUCUUGAUAAAGGCACCAUUCAGGAAGAACUCAAUAGAUAA